UUGUUUUGUAUUUUUCCAGAAUAAUUUUUCAAAUUUAAAAGCUUCCUGAGAUGUCAAGACUUCAGAAGGAUUCCACCGUUCCUAGUGUAGCCUCUACAUCACAGGAAUACCAGGAAAACAGGACACUUAGAGUCACUUUGCUAAGCAGUGAGUGGAGAUCAUCAACUGAUGGGGACUUUUCAACUAUCAACCGAGAGCUAGCCAUCCAGUUAGCUAAACAGCCCAAUGUGGAUGUUAGUGUCUUUCUUCCAAAUUGCAGUGGAGAGGACAGGAGCAGUGCUGAAUAUCAUAAUGUGAAGCUCAUUGAAGCAGAUAGAGUUCCUGGUGUGGACCCAGUUCUUUGGCUGUCAUCUCCUCCAAUAAACCAUACAAUGGACUGUGUUAUUAGUAAUGGAGUUCACCUUGGCCGACUAAUUCCAUUCAUUAAGAAAAAUCCAAAUUAUAAUCAUUGCAAAUGGAUUCAAGUUGUUUACUCUGAUCCUGAAGAAGAAGGAAUGUACAAAAACAUUUCAGAAGGUCAAAAAAUGCAAAAAACAGAAAUCCAACUCUGUCAAAUGGCUGACCAAGUUAUCACAAUUGGACCCAAGCUGGCAGAAGAUUACAAGCGUUACCUUUGUCUAGUUAAACCAGAAGUAGAUGUUUUUGAACUAGCUCCAAGCAUUCUCUCUGAAUUUUUAGAAGUAGAGCAAGCCAUAGAAGAAAGAAGAACAUUCAGUAUUCUUUUAUGUGAAAGUUGUGACAGCUGUGAAGAUUUCAUUGACAAGGUGUAUGACAUAGCUGCUGAAGCAAUUGCUAUGUUGAAAGAUCAAUCCUACAAACUCAAGGUUGUCUGCCCAGCUGGAGGAAAAGGAAAUAUUUUAAAAGCAAAGUUGCUCUACCUUGGCAUUUGUCAUAGUCAGCUUAUUUUUCGUGACUUUUUUGAUAGCAGAGAAGAACUGGCUGACUUAUUCUGUGAAGUGGAUCUUGCAAUAAUGCCAUCCAGGACAGAAAGUUUUGGAAUAACAGCUCUGGGAGCAUUAUCUGCUGGUCUGCCUGUACUUGUCAAUGGUAAUUCAGGACUUGGAGAAGCUCUGAAGGAAGUGCCUUUAGGCUCACACAGUGUAGUAGACUCUGAAGAUCCUAAAGACUGGGCUAAAGAAAUCAAGCGUGUCCGUCAGAAAAAGAGAGAAGUGCAACUUUCAGAGUCAAGAUUUUUACGCGAUUUUUACUUGAAGAGGUAUAGCUGGGAGAAGCCUUGUAAGAGUCUUGUGAUAAAGAUGAGGAACCUUUUCUUAGGUAAAUUUACUUAA